AUGGACCGCCUGAAUGGAGUCCACGGACUGACUGUGGGGGAGAGUGGAAUGUGCCCGGCAAGCAAUCCCAUGGGAGCUCAUGACAUGGAGUGUCAGGGUCUUAAGCCCCCCGCGCUCCUUACCUGCGGGAGAGAUGGGGAAACAUGCCCCGACCGGUGGCAGCACCAGAAUUGGAGGUGUGCAUCUUCAGAGGGUGGCGCAAAGCAGCAGUCGGAGAAGGAUCUACUCCUGCAGGACUUCAGCUGCAACCUCUCAGCCUUGUCCUAUGUGCUCUUUUUUGAAAACGCCUUCAUUGUGUCGGCCAUCCCCAUCUGGUUGUACUGGCGAAUGUGGCACAUGGAUAGCAUUCAGUCUGCCGUUCUCUAUAGCGAAAUGACUCUUGUGAGCACCUACCUGAUGGCCUUUGCAUAUAAGAACGUCAAAUUUGUUCUCAAGCACAAACUAGCACAGAAGAGGGAAGAUGCUGUUUCCAAAGAAGUGACUCGAAAACUUUCCGAAGCUGACAAUAGAAAGAUGUCUCGAAAGGAGAAUGAAAGAAUCCUGUGGAAGAAGAAUGAGGUUGCUGAUUAUGAAGCAACCACCUUUUCCAUCUUCUACAACAACACCCUGUUCUUGGGCCUGGUCAUUGUGGCCUCCUUUUUCAUACCGAAGAACUUCAACCCCAUGGUGAACUAUAUCUUGUCCAUCAGCACUUCAUCAGGACCCAUCGUCCUCCCGUCAACUGGCUCCAAGUAGCCUCAGCCACACCCGCCUCACCCCUGUCCGUGGCCUUGGCCCGCCAUAGUGGGGGCAGCAGCCAGGGGGCCAGGUAGGAGGUACACAAGAUGUCUUUAUGGUAUGGAGUUGGGAGGUUUAAAAACAAAACAGAAUGUAAUUGAGUAUUUGUUUAUUGGCUCUCCUUUGACAGACUGUUGAAAUUAAAUGAAUUGAAAGGGAAA